UGUGGUUCCACCAGUGGUUCCGGGUCGUUCCGGACUCUGCGGUAGCAGCGCCGAUCAGGGAGCGGCGGCGACAUGCGGUUCCGCUUCUGCGGAGACUUGGACUGCCCCGACUGGGUGCUGGCCGAGAUCAGCACCCUGGCCAAAAUAUCCUCGGUGAAGCUGAAGCUGAUCUGCGCCCAGGUGCUGCGGGACCUGCUGGGGGAGGCCAUCGAGUAUGACAAGAUCCUGAAGCUGACCUCAGAUGCAAAGUUAGAGUCAGGGGAUGUGAAGGCGACCAUCGCUGUCCUCGGCUUCAUCCUCUCCAGUGCAGCCAAGCACAAUGUAGACAGCGAGUCUCUGUCAAGUGAGCUGCAGCAGCUGGGACUGCCCAAAGAGCAUGCCAGCGGGUUGUGCCGUUCCUAUGAGGAGAAGCAGAGCCCUCUCCAGGACAGGCUCAGGGCCUGCAGCCUGCGAUUGAGCCAGCUGGGCUCAGUGCGCUGGCGGGUGGAUUACACCCUCAGCUCCAGCGAGCUGCAGGAGGUCAAUGAGCCCGUGGUGCACCUGACCUUCAACGUGCGGGACAGAGAGAGUGACAAGAUGACGGCUGUCCCUGUGACGCUCUCGGCCAACAAGUUCUGGGUGCUGCUGGCAGAGCUGAAGCAGGCCCAGACCCUGAUGAACACCCUUCUCUGAGGAGACAGAAAAGGGCCACGGCGGGAGGCUGCGACACUGGGUUGGGGGUCCGGAUUGGUGCUCCUAGCUGGGAGGAGGACAUUUCCCUUCCCUCCGGGUUCUCGGGGAUCCUCAGGGCAGUUCCAAUAAAGUCCCGGUGACAAAGCUGA